AUGUCGCUGCCCUUUGAGAUAUCGCAGAUUCACGGUGCUCUUGCUCUCGCCUACAGGGUUAUUGAGAUUGGAUGGAGUGACAUCCAUGACGCUCACGAACAAUACCUCGAGUUCGGACAGGACAUCAAGGACCUGAGAAUCAGUCUUCUCAACCUCGCUGGCGCCAUUGACCAAGCCGAUCGUGGUUCACUCCUCAACAAUAGGCCGACUACUGCUGCUGCCAACAACUUCCACCAUGUGCUCGGCAAUUUCACCGGCGUCCUUGAGGAGUGCCUACGACUCUUCGAACGUCAUUCUACAUAUGGCUGCAACCGAGGCCCCAUCUACAACUGGCGAUGGUUUCUCCUCGUCAAGGACGAGGUCAUGAUGCUGAGGGAGCGUAUUGCUUUCUUGAACAUAAAACUUUCGGUAGCCUUCAAGGCUCUAGAAAUUGAGACCAGUGAUGGCACUCGGAGGCUGAUUGUAGGGGUCGGCGAGCUACUCCUACAACGUUUUGACUUACUUGAGGCGAGACUAUCGGUAAUGCUCGGCCAGCCCCGGCCAGCCGAGCCGGAGCGGGUCCUUGAAAUUCCACAGCCCUUGGAGGAUUUGUUGGUGGCCAUUGCCAUCUCGAAACACGGAAGUCUAAGCAGCAUGCCCCUCGCACAAGGCAUAGAUGAAACCAUCUUCUAUCUCGAUAGGGCCACAUGCUGGCACGCCAGGAGAAGAGUCGAGCAACCCACCGAGCAGAUCCUGGCAUCGCAGAUUGCCAACAUGAUCCGAGCUUACUGGACACUUCAGGCCACUAGGUCGGGCAAUGAAUGCAUGGAAGUCUCCUCCAGGGCGACUAUUGAUGACUUGGAGGCACACUUUCCGCGUCUUGGCAUGACGGUGCAGAGAUAUCUGCACAAGCUAGGAGAGGUCCCGACCUGGGCUCAGGUGCAAGAUGCUUUACACAGGGAACAGCAUAGCUGGGAUGAGCAUUGUGGUUGGAGGCCACCACAGCAUGACGUGAACGAUCCCAGGAGGGGCGAGAAGAUCUUCACCUGUCGUUUGCAAGAUCACAAUACUGCCGAGCAAUAUCUGGAGAUAUGGCAACACGACGCAAAGAAUAACCAGCAACUGACAAUGAUCAUACGUGUAGCCAACAGAGACACAGUCUACCAGGUCGACCGCACAAGUCUCAUGGUGAUACCAUCGGAUGAUUCGCUGGUUCAAGGCAACGACUUUUAUUCCAUAAUCGUAAAUCCCAGCCACCUGGGUGGACAAGCUGGCUUUAGGUUGGCGUUUCACACCAAGGGCGCCCUCUUUGACUUGCAGCAAUUCUUUACCGGUUACAGAGUGGUUGAUGAUCUUUUUGGAGCCAAGAUAAUUCUGCAGCAAGCAGAAGGGGUCUUGCGAGGAACACAACGGCGAAGCACAGGACGGGUGCAGCUAUGGUCUUCGACUGUUAGACCGACUGGCCGAGCCUUGCCAAAAGAAAUUCUGACCUCCUCCACGAGCACCUUGAGAAAUCUACCUGGCAUGGGUUUCAACCCGAGCACGCCGCCACCAGUUUUGCCUCCAUUGGAUUCUUUCUCGAGGCUGACCCUGUCACAAGAGCCUGCCCUAACCCCCGCAACUAGUCCAACCAGUUCCAGCCAGAGUGUUGAGACACCGCCCCCAAUCAUGUCUUCAUUCCGGCAAACGCCUUUCCCUAACGGCAACAACAGAUUCUCAGGAAACAGCUGCAAUUCCAACUCCUCCUGGCAACAUCCCAUGCUCCUGGCUCAAGUCGGUGGGGCAACUCAGUCAUCGCCCGUUCCUCAACGCUAUUCAACUCAAAGUCACGAUUUUCAAACCACGUUAACCUCCCCCGUUUCGCCAGUCCAGAGGUCCAAUGCAAACACCAACCGCCCGCUUCCGCGGCGCCCAUCAGUCGCAUUUUCCGUAACAUCUCAAUCUUCAGCGGUCUCCGUCGCAAGCACCACCCAGUCUGCUGCUAUGAUUCAAGUGGGACCUCGAGGAACCAUGGGAUGCAUCAUUCAGGCUCCUGAGCCACCUCGCUUGGUGCUCUUCAUCAGAGGAAGAACAUCAGCAGAGCCAAGUAGUCUGUUGGCCAUUGACAUCAAUUCAAAUAUUCGAAUCAACCCGGACCUCUGCAAAUGCCGCCAGGGACGGUCUGAACAUCCUCAAGCACGCCAACAAGUAGCUCCAUCACAGUGCUGCCAAGUCGUGCUUCAGCCUGCGGGGGGACGAGACAAAAUCUAUGCCAAGGAGACAGCCGCUCCUGAAGACACGAAAAGUGUCAACAAUAAGAAGAAGAACAACGGGGGCGGGACAGAAGGGGUCUCAACGUGGAAUCUGGCCAGUGCUGGCAGGUUUCAACAGUACAAUGAUUUGAGCAAGGGUGGUAUGAAGCAGGUCAAGAAAUUGAAGCUUGUGACUAUUGAGUUUGGCAGUGUCCAAGGUAUGUGUGCUUCUGUCUCUGUUACAACUUGCAACUUGAAGUAUCUGACAUGA